AUGCCACGACGCCUAAACGGCUCACAGUCGGUCAGCCGCGAAAUAGGCACGAUCACUUUGAAAUGUGGACCCCCCUCUUCUGGGUUUGACCAAUUUACCGAGUAUUUCGUACGUGUAGCAGUUCGGUUAUUGCUUUUGGUUGCAUUGAGGCACUACCUCAUCGAUCAGCGCUUCGCUACCAUGAGGGUAGGGAGUAGAGCUCCCGGCGGUUACGGCCCCGGCCCUGUGCGUUUCUUCGCACAUUUAGUCUUUUUGUGGUCAGUUCAAAGCUAUGCUAGUGCUGAUCGGAAUCCGGGAGUCGGGGGAACGGCUGAUCAAGCAGUACAAGUGUUAGACCAUGAACCAAUGGUUAGAGCUGAUGAAGGGAGUUUCACUUCUCAUUCCGUGGGUGCACUUGGCCGCCCCAUUGCAGAGAGGGGUUCUGCUGAUAAGGUCGUGUACAUGUUUGCGAACAAGGGAGAAGAGAUAUGCAGCAGGCGGAAACAAAAGUCUAGCGUUACUUGGCACCUGCUCAGUCGUCUUAUUAAAGUGGGUCUGUUCAUGUUGAUCAUCGCGAUGGCAGGAAAGAUCACAUGGGAGCUGAUGAACUACGUCGGCGAUGUGCCCGAUCCGUUCGCAGACGUUAAGGACCGCACGGAAAUCCCCAAUGCAAUUCAGGAGCUGCUGGCAGGCGGGAAGCCACUCGCUUUUGUUAUUCGUACGUGCAAGUACUGCGGCAUUGGCAUCAGAGAGUUGAAAAAGGCUGGAAUGGAGCCGGUAAUUGUAAUGGUUGAGGGCCACCGCCAUAAAAAUGCAAUUUGGAGUCACAUCAAUUCAAAGUAUCACGCUAGAGGAUUUCCAUUUUUUAUCUUGAACACGCGUCAAUACGGUCAUUUGUCCGAAAUUGUAAGCCUACUUUUAAAAGCAAUGGGAAGCUGGAUCGUAGAAAAACAGUCCUUGGCGACGGCGGCAGCUGUGUUGGCGAGUCAGGCAUUCCAAGUUGCUGAGCCGUUCCCAACGUGUAUGCGGCGAUAA